AUGGAGUUCCGACGAAGCGCAGCCUUAGCCCUGGUCGGCCUUGUCGCCGCCACCAGCACCGCGGCAGCUGCGGACACCCCUUCCCCCAACGAGCCCAUCCCCAAGCCCGACUGCGACUCCGACAUCGCGGUCUCGAUCCGCUACGCCGGCACCACGGCCCGCCUGUAUCUCGAGUCGGCAGACAACGGCACCACUCGCGGCGGCUGCGUGACCCUCGGGCAGAUCUGGGAGAGCCGGGCCGGGAAGGGGCCGCUGUACGCGGUAGACCCUGACUCGGGGAACGUAAGCACCAACGCGACCGGCACGUGGCUUCUCACGGAGGAGCUGUACGUGGAGGACGGUAUCACGCUCAAGGUUCGUGUCGAAACUGAUCAGCAAUGUUGACGAACAGGGUAGAUGUUGAUGUUUGGCGGC